CUAUGAAAAAAACAAAACACAAAAUCACAACAAACUGAAAUUUGAAUUAAAUUUCAAUACUUUUCUCUUUUUAGGCAAAUAAAAUUUAUAAAUGAGCAAUAGUCUGUAGUAGUGGUUAUUGAAAUACUUUUUGUAAUACCAAUAUACAUAGCCAUACACGUGGAGUGGCUUUCUAGACAUUCACCAUGAGUGAACGUUACAGCAGCUUGAAACACAAGCUUCAAGAUCUUGGAUAUAAUAAUCAUUUGCCCCAGGACGCUGUGCCUAUAGUAGAAUGUAUAUUAGCUGAUCUAUUACAGACCACGAGGAGCUUACAGCACUACAUGGACUUGUCCAAAGAGACGUUGAAGCAACGAGACACGCUAAUGCUAGAAGUGGAACCAUACAAACGUGACAAUGCUAAACUAAUCCAAGAAAACAACCAGUUACACCAAGAAGUCAUGCAAAUCAAAGAAUUAAACACAAAAAUUUCAAAAGAGAGUAAGCGGAAGUUGAAGUCUUUGUCUGAGGAAGUAAUAAAAAAAGAUGCAACUAUAAGUAAACUCCAGCAUGAGGUUAGGGACCUGAGUCUGAGGGGGCUCUGUGCUGGCACCUUUAGUUCUCGUAAUAAGUGUAGAAGAAAAAAUGCAGAAGAUGAUACCUAUGGCACAUGUGUUCUUGAAUGUAAAGAUAAAUACGACAGAGAUGUACUAGAGUUAAAUGAUAAGCUCAAGUCAUUAGAAGACAUUAACAGUGAAUUAAGUGAUGAAAUUAACUUAUUGAAAAGUAAAGUAGAGCAUAGAGAUAAUGAAAUAGUUAGAUUAAACAUGUUAUUACAAGGGGGAAGGCCUUUAACUUUGGACAGUUGCAAAAGUUCUGAGGGUGGACAUGUUGAUGCUAUCAAAGAGAACCAGGAGCUAGAGGCCAUUAAUAAAGUAUUGAAGAAAGAAAUAGACAUUGGACUUGAAAAGCAACAUGAAGCAAUGUUGCGAGCACUCAACCUUGCUGACAAAAAUAAAGCAUUGCAAGAAGAGCUGAAAAAAGUUGACUUAUUAGCAUUAAAAGUUGAAGAAGAUUGUAAUAAGCGACUGUCCACAUUAAUAGAUGAAGUGAACUGUUUACAAAAUAAGGUUGAAGAGCUAAAUAGAAAAAAUGUUCAGCUAGAAAAUGAAUUGACAAGAAAAGCAUUUAGGUCUCCCAGAAAUGAAAUUGUUGAGGAAAAACUAAAUGCUUGUUUGAAACAAAAUGAUUGUUUACAAGACGAGAUGAAAAAUCUACAAGAACUUAAUAAAAAGUUGCAAGAGAAAGUGUUGUUAAUCUCUAAAGAAAAUCAAGAAUUCAAUAGCAGCAGAACACAAGAAACUGAAAAGAUAAAGUAUGCAACUAAAUCAGAAUUACAAGAUCUCCUGGAAUCAGAAAGAAAAAUGCAUGAGAAAUAUAUGAGCAAUAUAGAAGAGAGAAUAUCUGAAACGGUUACUGUACUUAAUAGUCAUCUUGCAAAGUGCAAAGGUUCAGAGAAAGCUACAAGUACACCAAGCAACCAUUUUAUUAGAGACCUCCAAAUGAAGUUGUGCGAAAGUGAACAAAAAAUAUUAAUGUUAAAAAAAGAAAGAGAUGACCUAUUGAAAAAGUUUUCAAGUGGUGAUCAUAUGCAUAGUCAAAAUUUUAAAGAUGUAAUAAAGCAGUUAAAUGAUGAAAAUGCAGAACUGUCUAAAGAAAACAUAUUUCUGAGCCAACAGUUAAAUCAUUAUAAAACAAUAGGCACAUAUAAAGAACCAAGACCUGAUUAUGGUAUGCAGAAAGAUAUGGAAAAUCAUAAGUUGGAAUCUGAAAAGCUAAUAUCUGAUAUUUACAUGCUUAGAAAAGACAAGCAGGAAUACAAUAUUAGAUAUAAAGAGGCAAUGGAUUUAGUUGAGAGAUAUAAGAGAGAUUUGGCUUCAAAACAGGAAGAGAUAAAUAUAUUGCAAGAAGAAAACAAUUCCUAUAAAACCUCUCACAGAACUGGUAAAGCAUCUGCAGAUCACCUGCGGGAGGAAUGUAAUUUCUUAAGAGAGCAAAUAAAAAGGAUGCAAAGUGAUGUAAUAAAGGAAAAAACUAUGGCUAAUCAAAUAAAAAAUAUUCAAUUAGAGACUGAAAGAAGUAGUCAUGAAAUACAAAAUGACUUAAUGUCUUUACAGAAAAAACAUAGCAUAGCAAAGGAUACCAUUGAAUCAUUAGAAAGAAAAUGUAAAGACUUGCAAUCUGAGGUGUUGUCAUUAAACAGUGAAAAAUCAAACCUUAUAGAAAAUAUAAAGAGAGUUGAUCAGGAAAGAGAUAAAGUGGUGAUAGAAUUAGACAAUAAGACUGAAUCUCAUUGUGUCCUUGAACAAAAGUUGAAGUCACAAACAUAUGAGAUCAGUAAAUUAGAGCAGCAAUUGUCAGAUAUGAAGAGAAUGUUAAAUAUGAACAAAGUGGCAGAGCACAAGGUAGUGGAUUACGAAUCACAAAUUAAGUUCCUAAAUGGAGAAAUAGCCAGACUAACACAUCAGUUAGAUAAUGCUGUCAUAGAAAACAAACAUCUGCAAAAUAGUUUAGAAGACGCCAAUGGCGCUUUAAAAAUAAAUAAAAUUGAACAUGAUAAGUCAAGAAAAGAAGCAGCUGAACUGAGGCAGCAGUUACAGCAUUAUGUGGUUGAAAUAAAACGGAUUGAAGAGCUUCUUUCACAUAAAGAAGCAGAAAGAUCGGAUAUGUUAGAGCAUUUUGCAAGCCUUUCUGUUGAAGCCAAUAUAUUAGAAAAUACUAAUCACUCACUUGAAAGUGAAUCUGCUUCUAAAUCAAUGCAGCUACAAAGCUAUGUCAUAAAAAUACAAGAAUUAGAAAGCAAAAUUCUGGAUAAAGAAAGCAAGUUAGAUAGCCAAUCCGCACAUAUAACUGAGCUGACAUGUAAGAUCUCUAGAUUAGAAAAAGAAGUGAGUCUCCUUACAGAAGAAAAAUAUGUGCUGGAACAGAAUGUUGACCACCUCAAGCAAAUGUGUUCUAAUAUGCAAACUGACAAAAAAGUUGUUGCAGACACAGAUUCUGAACUGAAACUCUAUGAAACAAAAAUAAAGAGUCUAACAACCCGUAAAAGUAAACUUGAAAGGGAAAAUGAAGAACUUUCUGAAAAACUAAAGGUAACUGAAAGGUUACUGUCUAAUACAAGAAAGGAAGUAAUAGAACUAAAGCUAGCAUUGCAGGAUGCUACAGCUGAAACACAGUCUCUGCAUGAGCGCGUUAAUAAUAUGAGCAGAAGGGAAAUGCAAAUCCACGAGGUACAUGAGCAAUCUCUCACCAAAGAUGAAUAUCAUGUGCCGUUCAGAAUGGAAGAAGAAAUCCUUGAAAAAAUCAAUGAAGAAGAUGAUAAUGACAAAGACAGUGUUCAAAGUGAAGAAAGUUUCCGUAGAAGAUUCUGUAAAUACACACAUGGUAGCACGCUGUGAAUGAACUUAUAAAUAUGUACCUACAUACUUUAAUUUUAUGCCAAAGGCUUAUUAGUUCAUAUAAUUCAGUAUCAACUUCAUGGUAAACUAUAUUAUUCCAUAUAGCCAUAAUGUAUUGUUGAUGUUAUACUUAGCUAAGUUUGAAUAGAUUUUAAUUGAUUAAAUUUCAUCUUUAUUAAAUGUUUUAUGGUGUAACCUACAAUAUGGUUUCAAUUGAAAUAAGUUAUUCAUACCAAAAUUCACAUAUUUAUUUAUCUAAAAGUAAUAUGCAAAAUUAUACUUCCUUUAUAUUAAGUUAUUUAUACAAUAUCUACAACGUAAAAAUAUUCAACAAAAUCCACCAUACCUAGUUCUGUAUUAAAUAGAUAUUGCCCUUAUCAUAAUAUUAUAUUGGAAAUCUAAUAAAUUAUUGUGACCUAUGUAAAACAUGAUAAAUAAAAUUUUGGGUGAAUACUUCAGAAAGCCUACAUUGCCAUUUAAUUUCAUAAAAUAAUAAUCUAA